AUGGCAUCCAAUUCCCCGGAGGGCACCACCUCCCCGCCGGGAGACAUCAGCCUUGACCCAGCCGCCAUACAACCUCCCAACCCUGAGACACAUUCCAACAUGGGGACCGACUCGACCGCCAAUGACUCAGCAUUGAAGGAUACACCUACCGGCCCUGAAGCACGCAAGGAGACCGACACCCCAGUCCAGACAAGUACGGAAGAUGAAGAUGAGGACUCGGAGCUGGAACGCAGGCACAGUAUCGUGCGCGACCUGGCACGUCAAUACACCCACCAAAGCCAGAUGUCCUCUGUUAGCGGAAACCCCUUUUUGAUGGAAGACGAAGAAAGCCCCCUGAAUCCCAGAAGCGAAAAGUUCAGGGCCCUCACAUGGGCAAAGUCAGUGGUCAAGCUCCUCCACGACAACGGCCUCUCGUCUCGAAAGGCCGGCGUCUGCUACCAGAACCUCAACGUCUUUGGCUACGGACAACCUACCGACUACCAAAAGGAUGUUGCGAAUAUCUGGUUCGAGGCAGCUAACUGGCCACGACAGUUGAUGGGAUAUGGAAAGACGCGCAUUGAUAUUGUUCGAGACUUUGACGGCAUCGUACGGAAUGGAGAGAUGCUGGUGGUUCUUGGACCCCCUGGUGCUGGAUGCUCCACGUUCCUCAAGACCAUCAGUGGAGAGACGAGCGGUAUAUACGUGAACGAUGAUGCGUACUUUAACUAUCGAGGAAUCACGGCAGAGGAAAUGCACACCCAGCAUCGUGGUGAAGCCAUCUACACAGCCGAAGUCGAUGUGCACUUCCCCCAACUGAGCGUUGGCGACACCCUGGAUUUUGCUGCCCACGCCAGAGCCCCAAGAAAUGUUCCAGCAGGUAUCGACAAGGAGACAUUCGUUGGUCAUCUCCGUGACGUCGUCAUGGCCAUGUACGGCAUCACCCACACAGUCAACACACGCGUAGGCAACGAAUAUGUCCGCGGCGUGUCAGGCGGAGAACGCAAGCGAGUCACCAUCGCAGAAGCUUCACUCAGCGGCGCCCCCCUACAAUGCUGGGACAACAGCACCCGAGGUCUCGACUCUGCCAACGCUGUAGAGUUUUGCAAGACUUUGCGUCUUCAGACGGAAUUGUUCGACACUGCGGCUUUUGUAUCGAUCUAUCAAGCUCCUCAAGCUGCAUAUGAUGUUUUCGAUAAGGCACUGGUUCUGUACGAGGGUCGACAGAUUUACUUUGGCCCUACCGACGAGGCGAAGCAGUAUUUCAUGGAGCUUGGAUUCGAUUGUCCGGCUCGUCAAACAACGCCCGACUUCUUGACGUCCAUGACAAGUCCCCAGGAACGAGUUAUUAGAGAAGGCUUUGAAGCUCGCGCCCCGAGAACCCCAGACGAGUUUGCAGCAGCCUGGAAGAAUUCCGCUGCCUACACCAAGCUUCAGCAAGAAAUCGAAGAGUACAAGCAAGAGUUCCCCAUCAACGGACCCGAGGCAGAGCAGUUCCGACAAAUCAAGCGUGCAGUGCAAGCCAAGAACCAGCGUCUCAAGAGUCCAUACACUCUGAGCUACGGACAACAGACGUCGCUGUGUGUGUGGCGAGGCUUCAGGAGAUUGGUCUGCGAUCCGGCUUUGACGCUCUCGAUGCUUUUUGGAAACUUCUUCAUGGCUUUGAUCGUUGGAAGUGUUUUCUACAAUCUUGAUCAGACGACGGGCAGCUUCUACCAGAGAGGCGCCUUGGUCUUUAUGGCUUGUCUGUCUAAUGCUUUUGCGAGUGCCCUGGAAAUUCUCACCCUCUACGCCCAACGUCCAAUCGUUGAGAAACACAACCGCUACGCCUUAUACCACCCGUCAGCAGAAGCAGUCGCCUCUAUGCUCUGUGAUUUACCGUACAAGGUCCUCAACGCCAUCGUUUACAACCUCACACUGUAUUUCAUGACCAACCUGCGUCGAGAGCCGGGAGCCUUCUUUUACUUCCUGCUUAUGACGUUCCUGGUCACACUCUGCAUGUCGAUGAUUUUCCGCACCAUCGGUUCAGCUUCGAGGACUCUUUCGCAGGCCAUGGUUCCCUCGUCCAUUCUUAUCUUGGCUUUGGUUACGUUUACGGGCUUCAUCAUUCAGAUCGAUUACAUGCUGGAUUGGUGUCGAUGGAUCAACUACGUCAACCCCCUCGCAUACGCCUUUGAAUCCCUCAUGGUCAACGAAUUCCACGAUCGAAAAUUCGAAUGCAAUGUCUUUGUUCCCGCAUACCCCGACGCAGACCCGAUCAACCGCGUCUGCUCAACCGUCGGCUCCGUCCAGGGCGAACCAAUGGUUGACGGAGACGCCUACAUCAACCUGUCCUUCAAAUACUACCACGCGCACAAGUGGCGCAACAUAGGCAUCGUCAUCGCCUUCACAAUCUUCUUCCUCAUCACAUACAUGGCUUUUGCCGAAUUCGUCAGCGCCAAGAAGUCCAAGGGUGAGGUUCUCGUGUUCCGAAAAGGCCACAAGUUCGCAGGAGGAAGGGGAAACGAUGCCGAGUCAAGUCCAGCAGGUCGCGGGGCCAUCACCGAGAAGGAGGGUUAUGGAGAGGGGCAGCGUUCCAACUUUCAGUCGACGAGUGUUUUCCAUUGGAACAAUGUGUGCUAUGAUGUCAAGAUCAAGAGCGAGAACAGGCGAAUUCUGGAUAACGUUGCUGGUUGGGUCAAGCCUGGUACAAUGACGGCGCUGAUGGGCGUUUCUGGAGCUGGCAAGACCACGCUUCUCGACUGUCUGGCGGACCGGACGAGUAUGGGAGUCAUCUCAGGGGACAUCCUAGUCGACGACGAACUCCGCGACGCAUCCUUCCAGCGAAAGACAGGCUACGUUCAACAGCAAGACCUUCAUCUGUCCACCACGACCGUUCGCGAGGCCCUCAACUUCUCAGCCCUCAUGCGUCAGCCAAAGCACAUCCCGACAAAGGAAAAGCUAGCCUACGUCGACGAAGUCAUCAAAAUGCUCGACAUGCAAGACUAUUCGGAAGCUGUGGUCGGAAUUCUCGGCGAAGGACUCAACGUCGAACAACGAAAACGUCUCACAAUCGGCGUCGAGCUAGCCGCAAAGCCCCCAGUUCUGCUCUUUGUCGACGAGCCAACGUCAGGUCUCGACUCUCAGACAUCAUGGGCCAUUCUCGAUCUGCUUGAAAAGCUUGCUCGAAGCGGUCAGGCAAUUCUCUGUACCAUUCAUCAACCUUCAGCUAUCCUUUUCCAGCGCUUCGAUCGACUAUUGUUCCUGGCCAGCGGCGGAAAGACUGUUUACUUUGGCGACAUCGGUGACCAUUCUAGGUCCAUGAUUGACUAUUUCGAAAAGAACGGCGCGGAUCCUUGUUCGCCAGAUGCCAACCCAGCUGAAUGGAUGCUUGAAGUCAUCGGAGCAGCCCCAGGCUCGGAGACGGAACUCGACUGGCCACAGGUUUGGAGAGAUUCGCCCGAACACGCCGCAGUUCAGGAGCACCUCAAGGAACUAUCCCACCAUCACAUCGAGAAGGACACAGAUACAUCCUCAUACGACGAAUUUGCGGCAGACUUCAAAACCCAGCUUGUCCAGGUUACUCGUCGUGUCUUUGAGCAAUAUUGGCGAACGCCCUCAUACAUCUACUCCAAGGCAGCCCUUUGUGUCCUCGUUGCCUUGUUCGUCGGCUUUGUCUUUUACAACGCGCCAAACACGACUCUCGGCUUGCAGAAUCAGAUGUUUGCCAUCUUCCAGAUCCUGACUGUGUUUGGACAGAUGGUGCAACAAACGAUGCCGCAUUUCGUCAUCCAGAGAGACCUCUACGAAGUGAGGGAGCGUCCAUCAAAGACGUAUGGCUGGCAGGUCUUUAUCCUGAGUCAAAUCAUUGUUGAGAUCCCCUGGAACACGCUCAUGGCGGCUCUUAUGUACUUCUGUUGGUACUAUCCCAUCGGACUGUAUCGCAACGCAGAGCCGUCUGAUGCCGUCGCUGAACGAGGCGCCCUCAUGUUUCUGCUGCUUCUGGCCUUCAUGAUCUUCACCUGUACCUUUACCGACUUUGUCAUCGCAGGCUGCGGAUCAGCAGAGACGGGCGGCAACAUCGCUAACUUGCUCUUCAUGAUGUGUCUCAUCUUCUGUGGUGUCCUCGCGCCCCCAAGCUCCCUCCCUCGCUUCUGGAUCUUCAUGUAUCGCGUCAGUCCGUUCACAUAUUUAGUAUCCGCCAUCUUAUCAACAGCCGUGGCGAACACGAAAGCAGAAUGCGCACCCAACGAGUACAUCCAGUUCCCACCACCGUCGGGACAGACUUGUCAAGAGUACAUGGAUCCUUAUAUGAGCAAGGCUGGUGGCUAUCUGACGGACCCCAACAACACCAACGAGUGUACCUACUGUACCAUCGGCGACACGAACCUGUUCCUUGCUGGAGUGCAGUCCGAUUAUGCAGACAGGUGGAGGAACUUUGGACUCAUGUGGGUGUACAUCAUCUUUAAUAUCUGCGGCGCAUUGGCAUUGUACUGGCUUGUUAGGGUUCCCAAGAACAAGAAGGGCAAGAAACAGAAGAAGGAGUAG